AUGAUAUCGAAGUUGCCGUAUUUCGGUGGACAGUUUCACUCAGAUGACUGGGCCAUUUCUGUCUCCAUGGUAUUCGGGAUACCUCUGGGCCUUUUAGCAGUUACUCUUGCCAAUGCCGGUCUGGGGAAAGAUAUAUGGAACGUUCCCUUCGAUGAUAUUACUUAUAUUCUUAAGAUAUACUUCGUACAAGAAGUAAUGUACUUUGCGACGAUAAACAUAACGAAAGUAUCCAUAUUAUUUUUCUACCUGCGGAUCUUUCCUUCUCAAAAUUUCAGAAUCGCGAGUUGGAUUGUGAUGGGCACCACCAUUGCAUACGGUCUUGCUCUCAUUCUUGCAGCAUUGUUUCAGUGCACCCCAGUCGACAUGGCCUGGAAGAAUUGGGACGGCGAACAUCAAUCAGCCAGGUGCAGCAACAUCAAUCUGAUCAGCUGGAUGAGCGCGGCCAUAAAUAUUGUUUUGGACGUUGUGGUUAUCGCAAUGCCGGCUUGUGAGUUAUUUGGAUUGUCUCUAUCGAUGAAGAAGAAGCUUCAAAUUCUACUCAUGUUUGGUGUCGGAUUUUUCGUCACAAUCGUCAGCACUAUCCGCCUUCAAUCUUUGCUCCGAUUCGGGAAUUCCCAGAACAUAACCUGGGAUCACGUUCCUGCUGGCUACUGGAGCACGAUUGAAGGUCAUGCCAGCAUAUUAUGUGCUUGCAUGCCGGCCAUCCGCGUUCUGCUUCGCAAAAUCUUCCCAUCACUAUUCGGUGACAGAACUGGCGCCUCGUCUAAUGGCACCAAGGGUGCCCGUAAUAACGGUGGGAAUUACAUUUGUAAUAAUGGUGGAGGCAGAGUGUUUUCUUCAAACGCAGCUGGUUCGCAGUCACCGUGCUCUCCGCAUGUGAGGAGUUCGCCUGGGAAGGAUGGACAGGUAUUUUUCGAAUCAGAUAUAUUCCCGCUGGUCGAGAGGGGAGAUAUAAUGCGCGAACUUGGGUUUGGGAGUUAUACGGUUAUCAGGAGUGAUAAUAAUAGAUAA